UGUAGAAUUUUGUACGAGUAUUACCCUGUGCCACUCAAUUUAGCUUGGCCAAUGGUUUUUAGUUUUUAAAAUAAUUAAACAAUGAUAGUGUAUCGUUUUUUCAAUUUUGAUGGGUAAAAAGCAUGCAGUAAUUUAUUUUGAUAUUUGCUUGUAAAGAGGAACUAUGUAAAUCUUCUUUAUUCAGUAUUGUUGAUGGAUACCUGCAAUAUCAAAAUGAACGACGGUGAUUGGAUAUGCAGUGAUCCAAAUUGUGGAAAUAUUAACUUUUGUCGAAGAAAAUCUUGCUAUCGUUGUAACAAGGAACGCCAGAAUGGUGGGCCGUCAUUUAAAAAGAAAUUAGGCACCGAAAUAGGAAAGUCUGCGGCAGAAAAAUCUCGCGGCUUGUUCAAUGCCGACGAUUGGCAAUGUAAUAAGUGUGCAAAUGUCAACUGGGCCCGGCGACCAACAUGUAAUGUUUGUCAUUCGCCAAAAUUUGGAGAAGUAGAAGCCCGAACAGGUUACGGCGGCGGCUAUAAUGAACGAGGAGUUGUUGAGUAUCGUAAGAAGGACUCGUCAUCUGACGAUGAAUAUGAUGAGUUUGGGAGAAAAAAAAAGAAACGCAAAUCAGAUGCCUCUGAAAUGGUUGGCAGUCAUCAAGUAAUCACUGAUGGACCUGUUAUGAAAAUAUUUCCAUCAGCAAGGCAGAAGGGAAUAAGAGGAAACGAAACAGUUACUGGAAGUCUAAGCGAUGGCUCUAUCUGUGAUGCCUCUGUUACACCUAUAAAGACAAAAGUACAAAACCAUAUAAAUUAUAAACAAAACCAAACACAUCCUACAUUAAAAUCUAGUGCAAAUCAACGUAAACGCUAUACUAGUGUGAGUGAUAAAGACCAGUCUGGUUCUUCGAGUCAUGAAGGUUAUGUUAAAAGCAAUCCUGUGAUGGAAAACAGAGUUUCAUCCACAAAUAAUGAUGUGGUUUAUAAAUUCAGUGGACCAUCUUCUUCAGAUGUAUUUGAAGUGACAUACACCAUUGAGGAAAGAGUCAAAGCUGCAGCUUUUGCUAUUGUUUACAAUAAUUGUAAGAUAAGCACAGAUAAAUUUGAAAAUUUGUAUGAUAAACCAGCUCCUGAUUUCAAAACAAUUUUUGCUUGGAGGCAAAAAUUACUUAGCACUGGCUGUUUAGUUGAUAAUCAUGUUGAGAAAGUGGUUCAGAAUCUAGUAAGCAAGAACAAUGUAGCAUCAAAAAAAGUACCUAUAAGGCUUUCUAAUCCUGAAGAAAUACCUAUCAACUUUGAUAGUGAAGAAGAAACUGAUCAGCAUGUUGAAAAUACAACAUUAUUUAGUCAUAAUAGAAGUGGCAGUGCAGAAACAUUGUUGAUUGACAAAGAACAAAAACCUCCACCUUGUACUGGAAGUGUUGUAGAGGAUAGACACAAAAGUCAAACCUCAUCAAGAACAUCAAGAUCCAGUUCCAGAGAAAGUAGAGAUUCCAAAUCAUCUGAUUCAGAUGUUGAACUUGUGGAGCCUGAAGAAACAAUAAAUGCCAGAAGUAAUACCAACAAUAUUUCUAAUCUACAAGAUAGUGAUUCAGAUUCAGUAUCAUAUAGUAGUGAGAAAAUAGACUUUCGAUCAAGAGUUUUUGCUGACAAAAAAUUAAUAUGCAGAACAAAAAAAGUAGCUUACAGUAAAAGUGAUACUCCUUGCUCUAACACAAACCAAACUUUCCAAGGCUACACUACUCAAAAACAAAUUGAGAAGUCUCCUUUAGCAACUGGUAAUAUCUACUUGCCAAGUUUUCGUAAUAUGAAUGUUAGGAAUCAAGACAAUGUUUGUGAUAAUGAUGGAUUAUCUGCUGAAUAUGUACCCACAAUGAUGGCAGCAACUGCUAAAAAACAUUAUCAAGACUUCAAAAACAUUGUUAAAAAAAAAGGAUACUGGGCAAAGGGUAAUGGGAGCUCUCUAAACAGAAAUGCUUCAGUCCCAUUACGUGAUGGGAUUGUAAAGGCAAGUCCAACAAGAAGCUAUUCUUCUACUCAAACAAUUCAAAUGUACAAUAAGCCACCACCAGCUUUGCCAAAUCAUACAUCAAACUAUGCAAUACCAGGUUUGAAUUGUAGAAAUGUUAAGAAUGAUUAUAGCAUAAAUACAUCAGAACCAUAUGAGUCAAUAUUAAACUUACCUCCGCCAAAGCAAGAUUAUUCCUUGCCUCAAAAUACAGAUGAUGCAAUCUGUGAGGACUUUACUAAGGAUAAGAUGGAUAGUUCAACUGUCCUUGACAACUAUAUCUCCUUUGGAACACCUAUAGGAUCCACUCCUAGUAAGCAAAAACCACUGGAAACUAAUUCCCGUGUUUUUGAUAUUGCGCAAACGACUUCCAUAAGUAAAAAUAAAAAUAUAAUGGACAUAUUUAACACUGAAAGGGAAGAAAGUCCUGAAACUAACAAUCUAGAAAAGUAUGAUGAGAUAAGAAAAAAAUAUGAAAAUACAUGGAAUAUUGAUGAUGACGAUCUCUAUAAAGAUACUGAAGAAGAGUCUAAUCUAAAAGAUGUUUCAGUCAAUUUACCUUUGGUUAACACCAAUUUGAGCCCAACAUCAAACACUCUGUAUAACUCAACUGAUACUAAGCUAGAUUUCACAACAAUUCUAGAAAAACGCAAUGAGAUGCUUGACGUAUUAAAUGACUUGCAAGGUAAUGAUACAACACACACAACAUUGUCUAAACAAAAUAAUUGUACUAAUCAAGGUUCUGAAGAGACUGAAACUCAAACAUUCUCACAUAGUAUAACAAACAUUCCAUUGCCUGAUGAUUCCAUUCAUGCUUUAAAAGAUUGUUUAGACACUACAGACUCUUUAGAGAAGUCUAACACAGUCAGAAAUAUAAGUCCCUUGAAAAGAGUACAUGUUUUAGAAUCGGUUACAAUCAAACCCAAAGACUCUCUUCCAACCACAACCAUGGAAAAUGAAAUAAGUUUGCCAAAAGAAACUAUCAGUGACUUAAGUGUUGAACUUCCUAAAAAUCCUGACAAUCAAAACAACUCUACACUGGAUUUAUCUAACAUUCUAAAUAAUAUCAACACUGACACACUACUGUUGGCUCUCAAAAAUUUGCAACAGCUCUCUCAACCACAAAAUGUAACAGAAGCAACAGAGGAUACAAAACAAGAUUCAAACGUUGAGACUAUAAACUUAACAAACGAUGAAUGGGAACUGGAAUCUGUACAACAUGAAAGUAUUGAGAGGGAAUUGCAAAUGUUGGAUGGGAACAAAGGUGAUACGCCUUUCUUGAGUGAUAUUUUUGAUCCGGGCCCAAUUACUAUGCCACUUAACAUUAAGCUUAACAUGAAUUGUAAAAGUAUGGAAGAGAAAUCGAAAUGCUUAGAUGAAACUGAACCUGUUAUAGGCAAUUUUAAAAGUUUUGCCCUUCCUAAACCAUUAAUUUUAAAUAGACUUAAAUUGACGGUCAAGCAACCAGAGAGAAAAAAAGGUGAAGGGAAAAGAAUGAAGAGAAAGAAAAAGGCAUCAACAUCAGCGGAAGGAAGGAAUUCUAAGGAAGGAGAUGAUGGCGCUGAAGAGGAUGAUGAGGAGGAAUCUGGUGAUGAGGCGGACCUGUCCAAAUAUGACCUUUGGGGCAGUGACGAAGAGAAGGCAAAUUCCCAAAAUGAAAAUACAGAUAAAAAUAUUGCGAGUUCUGAAAACACGGAGACUGCACCUGUGGAUGACAGAAAGUCGCCAGUAGAAAGAAAAAGAAAGAGGUCAAGAUCAAAGUCAAGAUCCAGGUCUAGAAGCUCUUCAUCGUCAUCAAGUUCGUCUUCGAGCUCCAGUUCUAGUCACAGCUCUAAUGGGCAAACGCCAAAAAACAAGUUUGACGAUUUCAACUUGAACAGCGAGCGUGAGUCCCCAAGCGACUCGCCCAAAGGUCGUAAAGAGACGAGAUCUCGUUCGCCAAGAUCGCGUUCAUCGAGUGCGCCAGGCCGACGCCGCUCUAGAGAUAGCCGAUCCGCCGGAGAGACCAGAACGUCCAGAGACAAAGAAUGGUCCCGUGACCGAGAAAGGCGGGAUAAAUCUCGUGGAAGUCGGGACAAAAAGGCCCGUCGAUAUAGCAGAGAGGGUUCCGGAAACCAUUAUGGCGCUCAUGGGAGACAUCGUUAAUUAUCUAUAGUACUUCUUUUUUCAUUUGUGUAAAUUAUUUGUACCCAAGAAGUUGUGUGUAUAUGGGAUUAAAAAAAAAAUGACGGUAGUUUACAAUUUCGAAUGUGUGUACAUUACAGAAAUUAACAUCAAACUGAAUUUGCGUUCUCCUCGAAGUUUCUAUUAGCACAAACUUUCGAUACUUUCUCGAAUAAUCGAAUUCGUACGUGUUCGAUUCGAUUAUUCGUUGAAAUGCAAAAUGAUGUAACAUUCGAUAGUACUGUCAGUGCUAAUACAGUGUAAACUAUCUUAUUCACAAAAACUCUAUCAGUGUGCACUUUUGUCAUUAUUCAUUGGUCUCUUUUAAUAAAGCCUUAAACACAAUUUGAGAGAAAGAGACGAAAGUAAGUUUACACAGAUUUUUAUGAAUGUGGUAUGUAUAUGUAUAAAAUUAAAAAAAAAUCUGUAGAUAGUUGUGAACUGAUGUCUGUUCAGACAAGGAAAACCAACCAAAAUUAAGUAAUUCAAUUUAGUUUACACUGUAAUUGCAUUGCCUAGCGUAUGUUCGAGAGUUUGUUUGCUAAGAUAUUUUUUUUUGGCUUGGAAGGUAAAAACGUCUUGUAAAAAUUUGUGUAAAGAAAUAAAUAUCGAGAUACCGUAGAACACAAAUUCGUAUUUUCCAUAUUCAGCUCAAAAUUAUAAUUCCUAAUUUUCUUAUUUUAGUUAAGAACUUGUACAGUAUUUCAAUUCUUGCGCUAGUUAUAAUAUGAACCUUAGAUGAGUAUAGAUAAGAUACAUUUUGUCUUGAGCUGUGUAUAGAUUUAGGUUAACUUUCGCUUACAGUGAAACCGCUUUUCUAGAAAUAACGCCAAUAAUCCUUGCUUUUUAUGUUGUUCAAACCUCGAGUUAUCUCUAACGGCCCGUUUUCUUUGAAGACGUUUAAAACGGACCAAUGAACAAAGAACAUCGGUCUGUAUUUAGAAUAUUUGUGUAAAUAAUUAAAGGUAGGACGAAUUUUGAGGGUAUUAGGAAAAUAUUUUUUAUAAAAUUUUCAGCGUAUUGAAACUAGGCGGCGUUGUGUUCAAUUAAUCGCGAUAAUUGAUUUAAAGUUACAAAUUAGCCGCUUGAACCUUUACUGUAAUUAUAGAAGGCUUAAAAAACGUGUAAAGAAAAAGGUUUUACUUAGAAGUUAUGAAUUAGAACUUUGAUAUUGUUGUACUAAGAUGUAUUUUUUUAGUUUUCUUC